GAAAGUAAUUGACCGGAAACUACAGGUCGUUUAAUGCUCGCCUGUGGCCGCCUGAACAAUCAAAAUGUCCAGUUUCAGUUUUAGUAAAAACACUCGCGUCUCAGAAGUUUGGAUCGCCCUCAGACGGCUCGACAUGAACGGUGGGAAUAUAUUUUUGUCGAUUCUGUAGACUUUUCUCCGAGUGAUUUAAUCAUUUUUUCAGUGAUUGAUGUACUCAUGAUGUUCGUGCGUCUGUUUCCAUGACAACCAGCCUCGUGAACUCUAAAGAAAAGCCUAAAUGGAGAUUGUUUGUUUGCUCGUCCUUCUCUCUAGACUAUGGUAUAAAUUUAGUCUAAAGAUGUAAUUAAUUUCGCUCGUUUUCUCUAUAUAGUGAAAGAAAGUCACAUAGUAGUAUCCACAUGGGUUUGAUAUAUUCACAGAACCUCAGAGAAGUGAGCAACAGCUGUGUCUGACUGUUGAGUGUUAUGGUCUCCAUCAGACCGGGUGAAAUCAGAGAGAGGUGGACAAUCUUUUAAACUCUAAAGCAGGUCUGAAUAUCUUUGUUGUUUUUAAUUUUUUACCCUGGUAAAAUGAAAAAUAAGGUCAGCUGCUUUAAAUGGUCAUUUGUUUGAUUUUGUUACAUUGUAGAAAAAAUACUUAAAGAUUCCUAUGUGGUUUUAUAACAUCCUGAGAGUCCUCAUGUUGGAUUACAAUUCAUUGUAAAGUCCACUGAUGUGUGCGCUGGUUUUAAGUUUCCACAUCACAGCAAAUUUGUGUCGUUUAGAUACUUGACAGUUACUGCUCAUAUGUCAGAAAAUCCUAAGAAAGCCUUAAGUGUGGAUCAAGAAACGUUACCUUUAUGGAAGAUUAAAACUCCUGCGCAUGCAUCAUUCAGAACAAAAACUUAAAUUUGUGCCACAUUUCAAAACAUAUUUUUAAGUUAAAGGGAAUUCAAUGUGUCUUUUAUAAGGUCUUCUAAUGCACCAAAAAAGAACUUGAAACCAUUUAUUCAUCAUAACUUUUGGCAUUGGCUACAGCAGAAAAACAAAACAAAAAAAGGCUGCUAUGUUUCUUUGACAGCAUCUCUAUGCUAUCUCUGAUCCAGAUGACAGAGUGGUGGCUCUUCGAGAAGUGUCUAUUCCCCCAUCAGCUGAGGGACCCAUGAUCAUUCAGGUGUGUAACACCACCUAUCCAUUCAUUUUUAUCUAUCUCUUUGUAUAGCUUAAAUAAUAAAUAUUAAAUAGUUUUGCAUUUAUUUUCAGAUAAUCACCAGCACCUUUGGACUGAACUCCUCUGAUGUCAUACUGAAGGCAAAAGGACUCAGAUGUCUUCUUGUAGAAAUGCAGACCUGUUUUGAAGUGUUGUCUCGUAAAAUAUUGUUUCAUGAUCAAGUAAGAGCCAUCAUAGUUACUAGAAAAUAAAGUUGAUUGAUAACAGUAGAAUGGUGUUUGGGGGUUUUUUUUGCAGAUAAGGAACCACCAUGGCUGCCUGAUCCCCUUGAACAACUUGAUCCCUGCCAACAGCAAGCAUAUGUAAGAUGGUUUUCUUUGGACAUUAUGUUACACUGAUUUAGUUGAUGCUCAAGUUCUUGACUUAUUCUGUAAAAACAUUUUUUUGGCAUUAGCCUCUUUUGGUGUGUUUCUUUGUUUCUUCUGCACCAUUUAAUUUUUUGAUUUGUGUGACGCACUAUGAAUCGCCUUUUGGCUGAAAUGUAUGAAAUAAAAAAAACUCUCCUUGCUUUCUCAUCACAGGCCGUACGUGCUUGAGGUAGUCAAGGUCUUUCAGCAUGGUAAGAGUAGAUCCCUCCUCUGUUCUUGUCUUUUAGUCCCUUCAGGGUCUUGACCAAGUAUACAGUAAUGGUUUAUUUUGGGACAAACAGUACACUUGUUUUCCUUCUUGCUGAAGGUAUAAGUAGAAGCUUAACAUAAGGUCUGGAAACAGCUUGAGGCAGCUUGUCCAAAUGAAUCAAAUUGCCCUUUAGAUCAUAGACAUAAUUUAUCUAGUGUUUUAAUAAACAAAGAGGCAACCAGUAAAACUAAAUUUACUUUGAGAGUGCUCAAUUUAAAAAAGGCCAACACAAGAGUCUAACAUGGGGAAAACACUGGAGAAGUCAGAGACAAACUGAACCAACACAGAAGCCAGACAGUGACCAGGGUAGUCUAAUACAGGUGUGAAACAAGACACAGGUAAAACCAAUGAGGCCAACUAAACUAGAGGGGGCGUACUUGGGCACAGAGUAAAGCUAAACCAAACACACAAUUAGAGAGGAGUACAGUGUAAAACAGGAAACAUUAAGACUUAAGAGACAUAAGUGUAAACACACACACACAAAGAAUACAAGAACCUAAAGGUCCAGACAAAAACAGUGGUCUUUAAAAAACAUUCUUACAUUUUUUCUCGAUGAGAGAUGUUUAUGAACACAGGACAUUUUUAAUACAUAUACAUAUUCAGUAGUGCUGAAAAUGCUUCCUUUAAUUAUGACUACAUUAGCUAUAGAUUUUCUUACACCCACACAAGAGUAGUGAAACCUGAAAAAGUAUGUAAGCGAGUUUUUAUUUUUGUUUUUUUUUUCUAUUCCCAGUGCGACCCAAGCCCAGAACCAUUCCCACGACUGUGCUCAACAGGAGCAUGAAGACCAGGCUGCAAACAAUAGACCGGAGGGUAAGGCGGUGUAACAGAAAGUAAAAUAUUCAUAGUCUUGUACAAUAAAUGCUUCAAGCUUGCUGCCAAAGAUAGGUCUCUCUUUCACAAGGAAAGUAAGCUCAGCCCUCUAUAAACAAACUUGUUUUCUUUUCAAAUGUUAAUGAAAAACCUGAUGUGUACUGUUUUUUUUAAUCUAGACAUUUUUCACACCUGCCACAACCUGAAUUUUGGUCCUGUGUUUGCUUUUCUUUUCUUUUUAUAGAUUCAAAGACUAGGAGAACUUCUGCCUCAAAUAAAACUAAGGCACAAUGAGAAACUAAACCAGGUAUUGCGAAUUUAUUCCGGGUUUUUGCAACACAUAAUUUAUUCUUAAAUAUACCCUGUAAUGGAGUAAUAUCAACUGAUCAGUGCAACCUUGGACAUCAAACAUCUUUGUGAAAAUGCAGCAAUUUCUUAAAAGAAAUAAUGACACAUUUUUGCAUCUCUUUGUCUACCUGAUGAUGUGACCUUCUGAUCCUUCACAGGAGAUUGAUUGUCUCAACCAGAAGCUGAGAUUUCUUCAUAAGAGGAUGCAGGUGAGUCAUGUUGAGCUUAUAUAGCUAAGGGUCGUGUUAUUGUAGACAAACUCAGAAAUACACAAAAACUAUUUAGUGAAAAAACAGGGUAAAUUGAUCCCAAAUCAACUGUAGUGACUUUGAUUUGUAAAAAAUUGCGGCAGGAAUGAUUUCAGCUACAUUAUGUUAAAGGUUAAAAUAUGGGGCUCUGACACCAUGCUGCACAGCAGUUACUUUUAAAGUUAAUCCUAUGCAAACAACAUGUAUGAUUUUUCAUUUACAGAAUCAAGAAACCUUGCAUGAUGACAUUCACCCAAUAAAUAUUUUUAUGAGCCUUCAAGGUCCUUGAGCUGGUUCCGUGACUUUUCAUGUCAGUUUUAUGUUCAGAUACACUGCCCGGCUCUGUUGCAGGUAGCAGAUUCUCGCAGCUGGAAGGGAGUGCUGAUCAGAGCCCCUCUGUGGUGACCCAGCAUUUCCAGAUACUCUACAAGACACAGACCAUCUUGACAAACUACCACAUGACUAGAUGUACUAUGAAACUGUGUGAGGAUGAAUUAGGAGCAGAAAUCAUCACGAUUUUCAUAGAUCCAUAUGUGAAUUUGUUUUUAUAAAAUCACACAUACAUGUACAUAACUAUACUAUAUAAUCAGCAUCAUUGAUAGUUAACCUUGUUAAUAGUUGAUCAUUUCAGCAGAUGUAUCAGACGGCUGGGACACCACCCUCCAACUCAACACCUUCUUGACCCCCAUCUCCCCCUCCCUCCCUGUUGUAGUGCAGGUACUGUGGGUUGAUGCUUGCACCAAGUAUGGUUGCGCUCACACCAGGGGCUGUGCUGAGACACCUACACUCCUCUUCCCACAUGUGCAAGUUCUCGAGUAUUUUUGUUGUAAUGUCUUAUUAUGUUGCUUAUGUGCUGAGGUGUUUUUUUACUGAUCCCCCCUAUGGGAGCAGAGUUUGGAGUUGCCUUUUUUCCCCCUCUCUUCUUCACUCCUGUUGUCCUUUUUCUCAUCCAAGAAAGGAUUGCCGGUCAGGCUGGCAAUCCAACAGUUCUCCUAUUCCUGUCACCCUGUAUGCAUCUGUCUACUAUAUGUUUCUUGGAAAGGAUGAACUGUAAAUGGAAAUUUCCCCUUGUGGGAUUAAUAAAGGAGUAUCUCAUCUUAUCUUA